AUGAACAAAAUCGACCGCAUAUCCGAAUUGCCAGACCCUAUUCUAGAGCACAUUCUAGCCUUCAUUCCCAUGAAACAAAUACUUCAACUUAGUAUUUUGUCCAAGAGAUGGAAAAACGUGUGUACUUUGUUCCCCAUUCCAGAAUUUGAGCAACAACUCUUUACUAAUAGUUUCCACGAGGUUCCACCCAGCAAGAGAAAAAAGGAAUAUCGAAGAAAGAAACAAGAGUUCAAAAAUUUUGUGGGGAGAUAUUUACUAGGCCACUAUAGGCAAAGACUAAGUAUAAAUAAGUUUAAGCUUCACAUGAUGUUGGAUGGUGAAUCAGACUGUGCUCUUCUAAACCGUUGGAUUGACUACGUAAUUGAAUGCAAUGUAAAAGAGUUGAAUCUUGACGUAUGGAUCCAUCAAAAGAGGUAUGAGUUGCCUGAGAGGGCUCUCGUAGCAAAAUCAAUAACUGAGUUGAAAUUGUCCCAGUGUAAGUUAAAGUCAUUUUACAGUGAGAUUAACUUACCCUCUUUGAAGAAGUUGGAUUUGGAAAUUAUUGUGGAAAAUCAAGUUGUCCAAACUCUUUUUGAUGGUUGUCGUAAUUUAGAAGAGAUGAGAUUUGAAUAUUGUUAUGGGUUGAAAAGUUUACAGGUCUCAGUUCUCCCUAAACUCAAGGUCAUUGAGCUAAUAGACAAUCCUCAACUUGAGAAUGUUGAGAUAGAAGCAUCGAAUCUUGAAUCUUUACUUCUCAACCUUAAGAGAUCAUGCCAAAUCAACCUAGGCCGUGUGUUGAAAAGGAUUAACAUUUCAGGUCAUCGCAUGAAGAGUUUGGCUAUUAUUUAUUGCUCCGAGUUAGUUGAAGUUGACAUUGUUACUCCUAACUUAGAUAGACUCGAGUAUGGUGGUGGAGUUAUAUCCUUUUCUUUGAGUACUUCAAGUCUAUCAGAACUUAGUCUCACGUUCAACGAUUCUUCGGAUGUUGAGAAGAUUGAAUUCCUUGCAAAUUUAAAUCAUCCGAAAUUAUUAAAUUGGAAAACUGUCAAGGCCGAGGUACGUAUUCGAGCUUAG